GAGAAUACACGCGCGGCUAUGAAGCUGAUCACCACAAAACCGACCACUCGAUCGGUCUGGAUUUACAAUCUUAAAAUAAUGAGAAAAAUAACAUUUAUCUCGGGAUUUAAACAAUUCGUUAAUUGAUGGAAAGGUUAAAAUCGCUGAGGAAAUGAGAAGCAUCCGGGAGUGGAAACAGGCAGCGAUUUGGCUGUUUGGUUUCUCUGUAUUAUGGAACAGAGUUGGAGCUCAAAUUCGCUACACAAUACCAGAGGAACUAAAGGAAGGAUUUGUUGUUGGGAACGUUGCAAAGGACAUUGGUCUGGACAUUUCAGACAUUGCUAAUCGUAAAUUACGGAUAGCCUCUGAUUCUAGUACGCAAUACUUCAGUGUGGAUACAAGAAAUGGUGAGCUUCUAGUUAAUGGUAGAAUAGACAGAGAGGCGCUCUGUGGACAAAGCGGCAGUUGUCUGAUGCCAUUGCAAAUUGUUGUAGAGAAUCCAUUACAGCUACAUCGUGUUGACAUAGAAAUACAGGAUAUAAACGACAAUGCACCGAAUUUUCACACAAGAGAUAAUGUAUUGAAAAUUGCCGAAUCAGUGGCUCUGGGCGCAAGAUUUCCAUUUGAAAGUGCAGAGGAUUUAGAUGUUGGUAGCAAUAGUCUCAGUUCUUAUUCUUUGAGUAAUAAUGCAUUUUUCCGUUUAAAUGUGAAAACUCUUGAAGAUGGUAAGAAAGUACCAGAACUGAUAGUUGAUAAACCACUUGAUCGAGAGAAACAGUCUGUGCACAAGCUCAUUUUAACAGCAUUAGACGGUGGUAAUCCAGUGAAAUCGGGAACUAUAUUGAUACAUGUAAUCGUUGAAGAUAUUAAUGAUAAUGAGCCCAUAUUUGAGCAAUCGCAGUAUAAAGUGUCUGUUCUGGAGAGUAUUCCAUUUGGUUCAAGUGUCUUAACUGUAAAAGCCACGGACUUAGAUGAAGGACCUAACGGUGAAAUACAGUAUUUUUUCGGUGCACAUACACCAGAUCCCGUGAGGAAAUCUUUCAAUAUCGACGCUAAAACGGGAGAAAUUACAGUGAUUGGAAAGCUGGAUUACGAGUUAACAAAAUUAUUCACGUUUGAUGUCUGCGCAAAAGACAAAGGGAGUCCAAAGCAGGAGGGCCAUUCUUCAGUGAGGCUGAACAUUAUUGAUGAGAAUGACAACAUUCCCGAAAUUAUUUUAACAUCUUUACCCAGCCCAGUUUCAGAGAAUGCAUCAGUUGGUACUGUUGUGGCUCUAAUCAACGUAAAGGACUUGGACUCUGGUAAUAAUGGCAAAGUAAAUCUUAAUAUCUCUGGUCGCAGUCCUUUUAAACUAAAACCAGCAUUCGAUAAUCAUUAUUCUUUGGUUACUGACACACUCUUGGAUCGUGAAGUCAAUGCAGAAUAUAACAUAGAAUUAGUAGCCGCAGACUCUGGUGUACCAUCCUUAAAAACUAUGAAAACUGUAAAUGUGAAAGUGCUUGAUGUAAAUGACAACCCUCCAAUAUUCUCACAAUUCUCAUACAUAGUGUAUAUAAAGGAAAAUAGCCCGCCAGGUGCUUCAUUGUUUUCUGUAUCUGCGUCUGAUAUUGAUCAAGAUAAGAACGCAAUACUCACAUACUCAAUUCUGGAUUCAAGUACAAAUCAAGUUCCAGCAUCGUCAUAUUUUUAUAUAAAUUCUGAAAAUGGAACAAUUUACAGCAUGAGUUCAUUUGAUUAUGAGAAAAUAAAACUGUUCAGUGUUGUAGUUCAAGCUAAAGACCAUGGCUCUCCAUCUCUGAGCAGCAACACCACAGUUCAUGUGUUUAUUCUGGACCAGAACGAUAAUGUCCCGGCUGUUAUUUACCCCUCAACAUCCAUGGGGUCUAUUUCUUAUCAGAGGAUGCCCCGUUCUGCUAAAGCAGGACAUCUUGUUACUAAAGUAACAGCAGUGGACGCUGACUCGGGUCACAAUGCCUGGCUUUUUUACAGGCUCGCGGAGGCCACGGACGCGUCUCUGUUCAGUGUGAAUUUACAUACAGGAGAGGUGAGGACUAAGCGCUCUGUUUCAGAGCAGGAUGACUCCUCACAGAGACUGCUGAUUGAAAUAAAGGAUAAUGGAGAGCCGGUGCAGUCCACCACAGUCACAGUUGAAAUACUAAUAGAGGACGGGUUUCAUGAGCCCAUCUCAGACUACAGUAAGAUCAGACCGGAAGUCGACAAGAAAACCGGCAAAAUGACAUUAUAUCUAAUCAUCUCUUUGGCUUCUGUGUCCUUGUUGUGUCUGAUGACGUUUUUCAUCUUAAUGGUGAAAUGUGCGCGAGGCAGUAUGAGGCAGCUCAAGCUGCUGUAUAGGGAGGACAAAUUCCGGAUAUAA